AUGGCGUCGCCCGCCGCGGCCGCCGUGGGCGCUCCGGCGGGCGACGCCAGCCAGAGCGGCGAGGACGAGGACGAGGACUCGGACACCGACCUAGCCGGCGUCGAGCGCGUCGUGCUCGCGGAGAAUGACUCGGUGGUGCUGCCCGACGGCAUCGAGUUGGUGAGCGCCUGGUGGCGUUCGAAGGGCUGGCGCUUCAACGUUAGCGUCGAGCACCUGGUGCAGUGGCAGCUUGACAGCGGCAACCCAUCAGUCUACGCCAUGUACGAGCUGUAUGGUGGGCCUCCAAUGCACACCGCUUAUGCUAAGGAGCUCGAGAUAAUAUACAGGUUGCCAGUUGACCACGCCGUCCCUACCAGCCCACGUGCCACGAGUCCACCGGGGGUGACAGUACUCGCGCAGAUCGGUAAUCUGAGCUUUUGGCCAGAUUUGAAGGUGUGCAUGUUGUCCGUAUCGCGUGUUAUGAAGGUUUUGGAUCACGGAUUUCAGGUCUUCUUGUCUUUUCAUGACGAGAUCCCCGAGGAAGAUACCGCAAAGGUCGAGGAGAUCGCGCGGGGUGUGUUUGGCAGUGCUGCCGUCAGGAGCAUCAGGGUGGAAAACAAGGGAGCGGACAUCGGCCCCUACCUGCGUCAGCUCCAGGCCGAGGCGCCGUCUUGGCCGGCCGCGCUGCCGCCUCCGCCGUCGGCCAGAGCCGGCGUCGAGCGCGUCGUGCUCGCGGAGAAUGACUCGGUGGUGCUGCCCGACGGCAUCGAGUUGGUGAGCGCCUGGUGGCGUUCGAAGGGCUGGCGCUUCAACGUUAGCGUCGAGCACCUGGUGCAGUGGCAGCUUGACAGCGGCAACCCAUCAGUCUACGCCAUGUACGAGCUGUAUGGUGGGCCUCCAAUGCACACCGCUUAUGCUAAGGAGCUCGAGAUAAUAUACAGGUUGCCAGUUGACCACGCCGUCCCUACCAGCCCACGUGCCACGAGUCCACCGGGGGUGACAGUACUCGCGCAGAUCGGUAAUCUGAGCUUUUGGCCAGAUUUGAAGGUGUGCAUGUUGUCCGUAUCGCGUGUUAUGAAGGUUUUGGAUCACGGAUUUCAGGUCUUCUUGUCUUUUCAUGACGAGAUCCCCGAGGAAGAUACCGCAAAGGUCGAGGAGAUCGCGCGGGGUGUGUUUGGCAGUGCUGCCGUCAGGAGCAUCAGGGUGGAAAACAAGGGAGCGGACAUCGGCCCCUACCUGCGUCAGCUCCAGGUGCUGAGCCAGGAACCCCCGGAUAAGCAUUAUGACUUUUUUUUGAAGAUUCACACCAAGACUGAUACUGCAUCGAGGCGGCUGUACUUGGAUAACCUCUGCGGAAAACGGCAUACCCACAGAGUGUACACAAGUUUGCGGCAGUCCCAGGCUAUUGGCAUGGUAGGAUGCCGUGAUGCACGGGAUUAUUUUGCAUUCGGUAGACAAGUUGUUGGCAUCAAUGCCGCACGGGUACCAGACAGGAGAGUCGUGUCGAACGCAGGGCGGUCUUUGUACGUGCUGCGGAGCAGGCCGAUUUCCAAUACGGACUCGUGUGAUUUGAGCGCGUUGUUCUUCGUACGAUUGCAUUGGAUUGUCGGUGGUUUGGUGCUCGCUUCCGCAUCCCUUUACGCCGCUGCUGCGGUGGUAUACACAGAGAUUCUGGGCUACGAGCACCAGGACCCAGGAGAGAAAACCUUGACCAGUUUGGAGUACACAAUGGCCAUAAUCCGCCAGCAGCUGGGCUUCCUGACCAACUCUGUGGGUCGUGGGAUGUUCUUCCUGUUCGCGGGCAUGUUCACGUUCCCAGUGCUGGACAUGUUGGCGGAGUGCUCGAGCUCCGUGAGCACGCUCUGGAAGUUGCUCGGCUACAACAUAUCCAUAGCCGCGAUGGCUUUCGGCCUCGUCGCAGUGCUCGUACCACCCGCAAUGUACCUGGCCAGUUGGUUCCAGAGGGGAUCUUCUGCCGAGGCUCGCCGCGUCGAGCCCCAGGCGAGCGGAGCGGCGCAGGCGGCCGGCCCGAGGGCAGCGAGGGACAGCCUGCCCGUGGCGGCUCGUCUCGGAGGGGCGGGCGCGGCGCUGGGUGCGUCGGCGGCGGCUGCUGGGGAACCAAGGGACGCUGAUCUAGCGUCAGCCGCUGGCAUGGGCCUCAUGCUGCUGGCUUUGGCAGUCGUCGUGGUGACGGCGCCGUACCUCGGGCAGCACACCGACGAGCAGUUGCGCACCAACACGCUGACAAUAUUCAGUUCAACGUCUUGCGUCUUUGCUUCGGCGACGUGCUGCAAGGGAUUCGUUGGAAUUUUCACCGAAUGCUUCGAUCCUGUGGAACCGCUGUUGCCCGCGGCUCUGCUCACGGUGAUCGCGUACAUGGCCAUCUUGUCAUUCGUGCAGCUUCAGGGCGUCACUGCACAGGGUGUGCUGCGUUCGACCAUGGUCACUGCGACCAUCGGCAGAGUCGCUGUGUAUUCUGCUGCUCUUUUGUGGGUCCCAGUCUGGGCUGACGUCAGCGUCUGGCUCGCGGAGGGAAGCCUAACCGAGCACCUGUGUUGGCUUUGCUUCGCUGCCACCCUGUGCUUCCUGCUCCGGUCCAUCCCAGCGUGGUGCUGCCGCUCGUCGCCCAGCGAGGACCAGGAGAGGCGUCUCGAGGUGCUGAGGCGUUGUGAGCGGCUGGUGCGGCAGUGCGAAGAGGAGGCAGUUUCGCUGAUGCUGUCCAUACUUGCAACCCAGCAUGGCCGUGACGCCAUCACGCAACACAUUAGUUUCGCAGCAGGGCAUGCCUCUGACGAAGCGCACUACUCGUUGUGGCAGAUCUCGAUCGCGAUGGCGGCCGGGUCACUGGCAAUGGCUUUUUCCACUGUGUCUCUGAGGGUUUGCGGCCCGACAGGAGAGAGGAGUUCAUCGGCCAGCGGUCUUGCCAGUUUGCUCCAGAAAUGCUUCUCGGUGGUUGUGAAGACUUCAAUGUAUGUCAGCGCUUGGGCCACGCUCAUCUCCAUGGAGUGGUUCUUGGCAUUUUACGUCAUCCAGGAGGCAAUGGCGAAGGCCGUGCUCUAUAUUGUCGUUGCGCUCUUCUGCUCGUACUUCGCAUUCGGCAUCCUUCUGGCUACAAGCAGGCUCGGCCGAGAGUUGCAUCCCACUAGCUCGGAGAUCAUCGAGACCCUCUUCAAGGCUCUGGGCGUCAUGCUCGGCUUCUCUUGGGAGCGUUGCGCCUCCGCUGGCAGAGGGCAGCUGGCUGGCGUCACCGCCGCCGUGCUGUUCGGAGAAGGCAGCCGUGGAGGGAGUGACCACGACGCCGCGGUGGGUUUCGCGAUGGCCCUGCUGCUCGGCUGCGUCGCAAUUCUGGGCCAGCUGCGCGCAUUUCCUUCAUCGGUGGGCGGCAAGAGGAUUCUCCAGGCGAGCCGCGCAGCGGAGCCCCCGCCGGCGGGGGACCCCGAGGGCGCGGAGCUCCCGCUCCUGCGGGAGGCCACCCCGCAGGACGUUGCGGCGGGCCCACCCGCCUCGGCGGCGGAGCCGGGCGCAGGCGCAGGCGCGGGCGCGGGCGCCCGCGGGCAGCGCGA